AUGUUUGUACCGAGAGCUGUGAAGAGGCGGACAGAGGCUGACAAGAGUGCGGGGAAGAGGAGAGUCACUGAGAGGAGCUAUGAGGGCACAUCCGAAGCUACCCCACAUAGCUCCUCUGUUGCUGCUCACAUUCCUUCAUCGUCUCUGUCCAUUGCUGAGCAGUCACAGUCAUCACCUACUCUUAUUCCUGCUUCCUCUAGCCAUCCAUCAGUCAUCACCUCUUCUGCUCUCCCUGUGACUCCCCAUUCCCCCACUGCAUCAGGGAAUGCAAUAAUUUCUACAUCUAACCAUUCAUCGGUGACCAGUUCUUGUCCUCUUCCUGUGUCUUCUCAUUCAUCAACUGUCUCAAGGAGUGCCAUCAUUUUUACAUUUUCCUCCUCUAACCAUUCAUCAGUUACCAGCUCUUCUCUACUUGCAUCCCCUCCUUCCCCCACUACCUCAAGCAGUGCCAUCAUUUCUACAUCCUUCUCCUCUAACCAUCCAUUGGUGACCAACUCUUCUCUUGCUGUGUCUCCUCCCUACCCCACUGACAUAAGGAGUGUUAUCAUUUCAGCAUCUUCCUCAUCUAACCCUUCAUUAACCAGCUCUUCUCUUCCUGUGUCUCCUCAUUCCCCCACUGCCAUAAGGAGUGUCAUAAUUUCAGCAUCUUCCUCAUCUAACCCUUCAUUGACCAACUCUUAUCCUCUUCCUGUGUCUCCUCGUUCCCCAACUGCCCCUAGGAGUGUCAUAAUUUCAGCAUCUUCCUCAUCUAACCCUUCAUUGACCAACUCGUAUCCUAUUCCUGUGUCUCCUCAUUCCCCAACUGCCCCAAGGAGUGUCAUAAUUUCAGCAUCUGCCUCCUCUAUCCAUCCAUCAGUGACCAGCUCUUCUCCUCUUCCUGUGUCUCCUCAUGUCCCUACUACCCCAGGGAGUGCCGUAACUUCAGUAUCUGCCUCCUCUACCCAUCCAUCAGUGACUAGCUCUUCUCCUCUUCCUGUGUCUCCUCAUGUCCCUACUACCCCAGGGAGUGCCGUAACUUCAGUAUCUGCCUCCUCUACCCAUCCAUCAGUGACUAGCUCUUCUCCUCUUCCUGUGUCUCCUCAUGUCCCUACUACCUCAGGGAGUGCCGUAACUUCAGUAUCUGCCUCCUCUACCCAUCCAUCAGUGACCAGCUCUUCUCCUCUUCCUGUGUCUCCUCAUGUCCCUACUACCUCAGGGAGUGCCGUAACUUCAGUAUCUGCCUCCUCUACCCAUCCAUCAGUGACCAGCUCUUCUCCUCUUCCUGUGUCUCCUCAUGUCCCUACUACCUCAGGGAGUGCCAUCAUUUCAGUAUCUGCCUCCUCUACCCAUCCACCAGUGACCAGCUCUUCUCAUUCUGUGUCUCCUAAUUCCCCCACUGGCUCGGGGAAUGCCAGUAUUUCAGCAGCUGCCUUCAGUGAAAUUCAUCCGUCGGUAUUUUCUCCUGAUUCACCAGCUGUGGUGCCUAAUGGUCCUUUUUCAACCCCAUCCUCCUCUUCAGAUGUCUCCCAUCAAGUUUCCGACCCAAUAUCUACACCCGCUGGUGUUUCUGGGCCAUCCACUGCUGAUAUACGUGUCAUAGAGGAAGAACCUAUCAAAUCUUUUAGCAAACAUCAGCGCUGGCCUGCUUUGGGGGAACCAGUGUGUGUUGUAUGUGGGAGAUAUGGAGAAUAUAUAUGUGAUCAGACAGAACAUGAUGUUUGCAGCUUGGAGUGCAAAGCAAGGGACAUAUUACAGGCUCAGGACCGCUGUCCCCAGAACACUGCUAGUCCACUUGAGCACCAGCCUGUAGAAAGUACUGAUGGAGGACAGGUCCAGUUAUGUACCGCAUCUAAUAUGCCUCACUCACGUCAGCCCAUGGAUGCCGAGUCUUCAUCUUUUACAGCUAACCACCAUGACACCUCUUACUCCUACACUGAACAUGAAUUUAUUGCCCAGCUGGAGCAAGAUCAGAUUGACCAUCUAAGGCAGCAGCUCGGCUUGUCUGUGCAAGGUCAUGAGGUGUGCAAACCUAUCAUAGAGUUUGAACAUUUAAGCUUUCCAGCUGCACUCUGUGUAAAUAUAAAAAGAGCUGGAUAUGAUGUUCCUACUCCAAUCCAAAUGCAAAUGAUGCCUGUUGGACUGAUGGGGCGCGAUAUAUUGGCGAGUGCAGACACUGGCUCGGGGAAAACAGCAGCUUUUCUUCUUCCAGCCAUCAUCCAUUCUCUGGAACAGAAAGAUGCUCCAGCUGCUCUGAUUUUGACUCCCACCAGAGAACUUUCGGUGCAGAUUGAGAAACAGGCACAGGAGCUAAUGUUUAAAAUUCCCCAGAUGAAGACUGCUUUGCUUGUUGGAGGAAUGCCCUUACCACCUCAGAUCUAUCGACUAAAGCAAAAUGUGCAGAUCAUUAUAGCAACUCCUGGAAGGCUUUUAGAAAUACUUAACCAAGAUUCUGUAAACCUUACUAAACUUAGGGUUCUGAUAGUGGAUGAGGCUGACACAAUGCUAAAGAUGGGAUUCCAACAGCAAGUGCUUGAUAUUUUUGAGCAGGCUUCGCAGGAUCAUCAGACAAUCUUAGUUUCAGCCACCAUUCCCACCAGCAUUGAAACCUUUUCCCAGCAGCUUUUAAGGGAUCCUGUGCGAAUCACUGUUGGGGAGAAGAACCAACCAUGUUCUAAUGUGCGUCAAAUUGUACUGUGGGUGGAAGAGCCCUCAAAGAAAAAGAAGCUCUUUGAAAUACUGAAUGAUUCAAAGCUGUUUCAACCCCCUAUCUUGGUAUUUGUGGAUUGCCGACUGGGAGCAGAUCUCCUCAGUGAAGCUGUGCAUAAGAUUACAGAACUAGACUGUGUUUCUAUCCAUUCUGAUAAACCCCAGACUGAAAGAACGAAGAUACUCAAGGGAUUGCUCCAGGGAGAGUAUGAUGUUGUUGUGAGCACUGGAGUCCUCGGGAGGGGUCUGGAUUUGGUGAAUGUGAAGUUGGUGGUGAAUUUUGACAUGCCUUCAAGUAUGGAUGAAUAUGUCCAUCAGAUUGGAAGAGCAGGAAGACUCGGCAACCGAGGAACUGCUAUUACAUUUAUUAAUAAAAAUAACAAGAACCUCUUCUGGGACUUGGUGAAAAGGGUGCAGCCCACUGGCUCACUUCUUCCUCCUCAACUACUGAACUCCCCUUAUGUCCUGGAGCAGAAAAGGCUAGAGCAGAGAAAGCAUCAGGACAAAGACCGAUUGGUGACCGGAGAACAAAUUCUUGAUCUCAUCCAUAAACAUGACAAACGAAAAUACAAAUAACGACCUGCCUUGCAUCCUUC